UUUUAUCUAUGGUGGGAGAUGGCAGUUGAUAUAAAUAUAAUGGAUCAUGGGGAACUUUUGCUUGAGAAAGUGCUUUCCAAGUUGUUUUUUGGAUAUAUUUCGAGCCCAACAAUUUGCCAAAGAUGAACAGCAUUGAUUUCAGUGUUCCAAUUGGAUAUUCUGGUUUGCCCUUAUUAGCUAAUCACUCAUAUUCCAUUUUUUGUUUGAAUCUUGAUAGCCAAAGCAAUAAUGGGGAUGUAGAGAAAUUUGGAUAUUCUGGAGGUCUUGGUCAAUUUGCAAUGUCUAAUGAUGGAUCUAGAGGUGGGUAUAGUAGGACUGAAAAUCUGUAUGGUGGCAGUAACAACUACACUACUGCUCCUGCUCCUGCUCUUAAUAAACAUAUAAAGAAGAAUAUAAUGGGUAGAGAUAAGGAUAAAAUGAAUGGACAAUGUUUAACAUGUUUACCAGAUCAUUUGCUUUUAAAUAUAUGCAAGUGUUUGAACCAAUAUGAUGCCUUAAACUUCUCGAUGAGCUGUAAGGUGAUUUUUGCCUGUACCAUUGAAAGAAUAUAUGAGAAUGUUAUCAUCUUUAAUAAUUAUAGUGAAUUUAAUUUGGAGAUGAUUGAGUAUUUCAAUUAUUCUACGUUUAUCAAGACAAAGUAUAAUUUCAAGAAAUUUAUUAAAUUGAUAUUGGAUGAGAAGAAGAGUUUCAAGUAUUUGAAAUUUAUAAAGAGAUUUAAUUUGAUAAAUAUUCCAAAUAACAUUAGUGAUUUUGAAUCAUUCAAGUUGAUAUUUCAAGAAACAGAGAAGGAGAAGGGGAAGAUGUUUUUAGAGAAAUUUCAGAGGAUUGAGAGUAUCAACUGGAAUUCGAUUAACUUUCCUGUUUUGAAAUUGAAAUUGAUCAAUUAUGAUAGUUUAAAGGAGUUGAGGGUUCAUUUGAAUGUUACCAAGAAAGACAAGAAUUUGCUAGAUUCAAUAUUUAAUAAGGAUGGGAUGGGAUUGGAGGACAAAAAGUAUUAUUUAAAGAAUUUGUUUCCUUUUAAGAGAUUGGAAAAGUUGGAAAUUAUUGAUUACAAGUAUAGUAUAAUUUUGCGGUAUAUAGUUGAGAGUUUGUUGUUUAAUAGUGGGAAUGGAUUAAGUGGGAUUAAGAAAUUAAAAUUGGUGAAUUUGAAUUUUCAAAAGUCGAUGAUAUAUCCUAAUAAUAACUCGUUGUUGAAUUACCAUGAGAAUGAGAAUGAUAAUAGUAAAUUUCAGGAGGAGAUGAAGAUGGUGUAUAAUUUUUUUGAGCCUAUUUAUUUGAGAGGAUUGAGAUUUGAUAAUUUGAGAGAGCUUGAGCUUAGUGGAGCAAUAAUCAGUAAUGAUAAUCAGGUUGGGGAGUUUGAGUUGUUGAAUGGGUGUAUAGAUUUUGAGAGAGUUGAGUAUUUGAAAUUUGAUGAGCUAUAUGAAAUUGAUUAUAAUCAUUAUCCAAGUAAUAUUGGUAUUAACAAUGCUAACAAUGUUAAUAACAUUAACGGUAUUAAUGAUAUUAAUAAUAUUAAUGAUAACCAUGGAUUGACAUUUAUUGAGAAAUUUGAGAAAUAUAAUAUAAAUUUUUAUAAUUUAAAAUAUUUAAAGAUAAAUUGGAAAAAACCAUUAUAUGAUCAUAUUCCCAAUUUCCUAGGGAAUCUUUUUGGUAUUCAACUAAGAGAGUUAGAUUUAGUUAUCAAUUUAAGUGAUUAUUGUAAUAAUAACAAUAACAAUAACAAUAAUAAUAAUUGGAACCAAAUGAUUGAAGAGACAAUUAAAAGACAAUUGGACAAUUAUAAUGUAUCAUUGACUCCAAAUUUAAAAAAGCUACGAAAAUUAUCGAUUCGAAUCAAUGAUAAUAAUAUCAAGAAAAACAUUUCUACUAAUUUAAUACUAAAAAAAUUGAAUGAAUUUAACGAAGUGCUAUUUGGUAAUUUAAUAGAAGUUAAUGGGAACCAAUUGGAGAGUUUGAGGAUUAAUUCGAAUUUGAAUUUGUAUAAGAUUGAGAAAUUGAGUAAUUUUAGGAAAUUGAAUUACUUGGAAUUAAUUGAUUUAAAUAGCUACAACUACACCCACAAUCUCAAUUCGAACCAAACCAACAAUCAGUUGGAGAUUCACAAUGGGGUGUAUGACGACUGGUAUAAAGUGCAACACAUUGCAUUCAAGUUGGGUCAUUUGAACGAGAACCUCAAGUUCAUCUCUGUGAAUGGGUGCAUUUUUGAGAUACGAAGGUACCUGAGCAGAGAAAGACGAAGCAGUGUCGACUACAGUAGAAACACCAACAACUACCAGGGCUACAGUAGCUAUCUCGACACCGAAAUGGGAAGUGUCGUAGAGGCAAUUCCCAGGGAGGGAAUCAGCGAGUGGUUCGAGAGCAAGAUCAACCUCAGCAGUUGUUGAGAAGUAGCACAAGCAGCACAAUCGUCUUCAUCUAUAUUACCUCCAUCUAUAUUACCUUCACCGCUAUACCGCCUCCGUAGCCAAAU